CAGCAGGUGUGUGUUUGUUGUGAUGCGAGGAGCAGCGCUGCUAUGGGAGACACACAGCCGCAGGUUAGAGAGCAGAGAAGAAGAUGUACAACAACACCUGCACGAGCUGAGACGCUCACAGCAGCGACACACACAGAGGAAGAAAGUGCAUCUGGAUGACCUGCUCGGGAGACUUCGUCAGGAGAGCAGCGAGGACGCUCUGAAGACGUCUCUGGACAAAAGUGUCCAAUACCUGCAGGAUGUCACACACAGCUGCAGACAGUGUGUCUCUGAUCAGGGGGACGUGUUGGACCGUCUCCCCACUCUCUACCUGGAGGAGCUCCUCUCCUACAGUCGCAGCAUCAGCUCCUUCUUCCACCUCAGCCACACCUACAGACCGAGUCCAGAAGAACUGCAGAACCUCCUCCCAUCACCCAGCGCCCCCCCCUGCCCCGGAAACCAGUGAAGGAGCUGAAACACAGAAACCAGAGGAGAGCCAGCCAAUCACAGACCUGCCCUCUGAUUGGCUGACUGAGGCGGAAUCCUCUCUGCUAGAUCUCUGUGACAUCAGCAGUGAUGUCACAUUUACAUCAUCCGGGGGUGUGGCCUACAGUGGCCCCCCCUUCAGAUGCCCCCCCGACCUGCAGCAGGAAACUCUCCUGAGCCUGUUUCCUGCGGAGCUGCUCACACACACACUGACCAGGAUGCGGAAGCUGUUCUUGGACCACCUGGAGCAGCGUUUCCAUGACGUCCUACACUCGGUCGUUGCCAUGGUGACAGACAGGAAGGAGGCGCUGCGUUCAGAGCAAGCGCUCCAACUGCAUCAGCUGCACCCCCGACACAUCCAGACCCAUGUCUACAAGCCCCGCCUGACUGAGCUGCAGCUCCACAGGCAGCGUGUGGAGUUUCACUGUGUGGAGGUGGGGGAGGUGUUAGCCUCCUGCAAGAUGGAGCUGCAGGAGCUGAAGACCUCCAUCAGCAGGACGAAGCAGGAGUUCUGCGUCAGCCUGUCCAGCCUGGAGGACAAUGUGCUGUCAGCUGACAGCAGCCGACGGCUGCAGGCUGUGAGCUCCACCCUGCAGGACUGUCUGGAUGAAUAUAUCAAAGACACCCAGCGCUGUCAUACCUGCUUCAGACAGACGGUUCUGAUCAGACUGCAGGAGGUCAGAAUCAGAACCACUCAGCUGCUCAGCUCCUUCAGAUUAUUUAGUGAGGGGGGGGAUUUUGCUCCUCAGGAGGUGAAGUUGUUCCAGAAGAGGCUGAAGGAAGAAAGCAAACAGAUCAGUGUGACAGAGGAGUCCAUCUACUGUGAGCUGGAGGGGUUUGAGUCUCAGAGUUUACAGCAGAACCCGUCAGCGUUUCUCUGCCAUAAACACCACCACCCCCACCCCCAGCUGAAGGAGGCGUCUGGUUGUUUAGAGGAGAAACUCUCCUUCCUGAAGUCUGAGGUGGAGUUCAUGGAGAAAAUCCAGAAAAUCAUCACCAGCACGCGAGUUCACAUAAAGUCUGAGGCAGCCAGCAGUAACCAGCAGCAGUCGGCCAUCAGCAGCAGGUUGGAGGAUCUGAGGUGGAUGAUGGAGAACACACAGGUGUCUCCAGAUCAGGUGUUUUCUUUCCUGUCAUCAGUCAAUGAAGAACUCAGGAAGCGCUGUCAGUACCUGGACUUUUCAUUGACUAUCUCUUGUCUUCCUGGACUACCCCCCACCCUGCAGGAAAGCCUCUCAGCUCGUCCUGAAUCCAGGAAGCAGGUCCAAUCAGCCCUACCUCUUGGUUUACUGCAGACCAGCAGGACCGGUGUGAACCUUCUGGAUGACCCUGUUGUGGGUGUCCUCAGGUCCCUGAAUAGGUUCUGUAUGAUCCAGGAUGUUGGAGCAGAAGCAGUAGACAGAGAGGAGAGAGGAAGAACAGCUGCUGGUCAGAGUCCAGUCCAACGUCUUCAACAGAGAAGUUCUGAGUCUGUCAGUGCACCGAGUGUGAGGAGGGGCUGCAGGUCCAUCAGGACUGAAAGAAGGUUCCAGGUUUUUGGACCAGAACCAGAGAAGAACCCACACUCCUUCAGCUCCACACUGAACUCUGUGUUGUGGACAGCCAAUGACGUCCUCCUGCUGGUUGCCGAGGACUUCUACCAGAGCGAGCGUCUCAGCAGGUUCUUCCUGGUUCCUGACCGUUUGGACCAAUGGGCUGAAAGCAUGCAGCAGAGGCUGUUGGGAUACCAGGAGCAGAGCAGGAAGUUUCUGAAAACGAACAGAGAGGAGCUGGUGGCCCAGUUGUCUCUGUUGGAGGAGCUACGGCAUUCGUUACCUGCAGUUUUGAUUAGUAACCAUGAGCGACUACAGGGGGCGGGGCUUAGAGAGGAGGUGGGCUGUGUCAGACUGAAGCUGGAGGAGACGCUGGCAGCCAGCGAGGAGGAGAAGCGUGUGAACGUCCGUCAGCUGCGAGCGUCUCUCAGAGAAGACGAGCUUCAGACUCUGAACAGCAGAGAAGAGCUCAGACAGCAGCAGCUGCACAGCACCGUCUGCUGCGCACACCUGGAACUACAGGUGUGUGUGAGAGUCCGAGGGGAGGAGUUUGUGACAUCACUGGCCUCUCUGACAGAGCGGCUGCUCUCUCAGCUGGACGACCUGCUCAUACCUGAAGAAACCGAGGCGCCACACCAGCCCUCUAACGUCAGCACCAUUGCCAUGGAGACAGUCAGCCGUGUCUGGUCUGGGAUCCCGUACCUGUCCCUCCCCACCAACGGCACAGCUGAACCCUCAUCCAGUGUUACUACGGCAACAACAGCAUCCAUCACCACGACCAGGUGCACACUGGGACAUCUGGCUGUUAUCGAGCAGAGAGACGCUGCUGUGAAGAGGUUCGAGCAGCUGUUCAGGUCAGAGUCAUCACUGUCAGACGACAACCAACGAAGAAGACUGAGUGAACUACAGAGCUGGAACACACACUGGAGACAGCAGAUACCCCCAAUAACACACUGACACACACACUGAGGCUGUCUGCUGUGUUGAUGUUUGUUAAUAAACCACAGAAGAAGAGUCGGAGUUGGUGUGUUUUACAUGAAAGUUAAAAUUCUUCUUCAUUUCAUUCAAUUUAUGACCAAAUGUAACAAUGUAUUCAUGUAUAAGUGUAUUAUUAGCAUCACUGUUCUGCGUUAGUCACCUGUGAAAUACAGAAAAUGAUUUUAAAUGUUUUGUUAAAUAAAGUAAAAAGCAAAACUCA